AUGAAGAUUGGCUUUGGGAGUGCAGCUGAUUGGGGUAAAGAUGAGGGCUCAUACCAUGCUUCUGCUACUGAUACUUUAGCUCCAACUCAAUCCAUCAGAUAUGGCAGCAGCACCUUAGUUUCUCCUGGUCAAACAUUCGAGCUAGGUUUCUUUUCAACCGGUGAAUCCAACAAAUAUUACUUGGGAAUAUGGUAUAAAAGGUUUUCUGACACUGUUGUAUGGGCUGGUAAUAGAGAAAACCCAGUUAUAGAUUCACACGCCUUUCUUAAUAUUUCCGGCACUGGUAAUCUUUUCAUCUUUGAAGCACAAAAUAUUAUGAUUUGGUCCACUAAUUCAUCUAGAUCAGCCAAAAAUCCGGUUGCUCAAUUGUUGGAUUCAGGUAAUUUAGUUGUUAAAGAUGAUGAUACAGAAAGCUACUUGUGGGAAGUUUUUGAUUUUCCAUCAGACACUCAAUUGGCAGGGAUGAAGUUAGGAAGGAACUUGAAAACCGGUGUAAAUCGAUAUUUGACGGCACGGAAGGGUGUUGAUGAUCCAUCUCCUGGAGAUUUUACUUAUGGAGUUGAUCACAAUGGCUUUCCUCAGUUUAUUCUUCGUGAGGGGAUGAAGAAGAGGUUUCGAGGUGGUCCAUGGAAUGAACUUAGCUUUAGUGGUCUUCCUAUGCAGGUAAGGCCUCUUAUUGUUCAUGUUGUUGUUGUUAAUACAGAGGAGGUUUACAAUACGUAUGAAGUGACGGACAAAUCUGUUAUCUCGAGAUUUACGGUGAACGAAUCCGGUCUGCUUCAACGCCUUGUUUUGUAUGAGAACACCAGUGAAUGGACCAACAUGUUAACACUGCAGAAUGAUUUGUGUGAUAAUUAUGCACGGUGCGGCCCCAAUGGAAUUUGUAAGAUUAAUCAAAGGCCAAUCUGUGAAUGCUUGGAGGGAUUCGUUCCGAGAUCGGAACGCGAGUGGCGAGUACUCAAUUGGACUGGUGAAUGUGUACGGAGCACUCCGUUAGACUGCCAGGAGAGAGAAGAAUUCCUGCAAAUUGAGAAUGUGAAAUUGCCAGACCUAUUGGACUUUAAGUUAGAUGAAAGGUUGAACCUCGAGGAUUGCAGGGCCGAGUGCUUGAAGAAUUGUUCAUGUACAGCAUAUGCUAAUUCGAAUCACAACGGAAGUGGAUGUUUAAUGUGGUUCGGAGAACUGAUAGAUAUCCGAGAAUACAUUGCACAACAAUUUGAGCAAAAUAUCUAUGUCCGAUUGCCUGCUUCAGAACUAGGUAAGUGA